UCAUCUGGUCUCUUUUCACACUGAAGGAAGGAACCUUGGCUAAAGUGCAUGUAUGUACAUGCGUAUAUGUUACGGAAGCUAGACAGAUAUGAGCUAAUACUCCUUUUGUGGUCCCUGGAAACUGGAGCUUAUUGGAGCUUUUGCAAUUGGAAUAGGACUCUCCUGCUUCAAAAAGCUGAAAUUUUCAACCUUCAGGGGGAGAAACUGUUGAAAUUCGCUUGAUGUGACGCAGAUGAUGGAUACAAGCAUAAAUCAGACAGGCAACUGGACUUGUGUGAACUUUGAAAUCAACCCAGUUAAUGAUCUUCUAAUGUCCAUCUACAUUAUUACAUUGAUUCUGGGCAUCAUUUUCAAUCUUCUCACUGCUUGGCCCAUUGUGCAGCAGAUACGUAACAAGAACGUGCUCGGGGUCUACCUCCUCAGCUUGUCCGUCUCGGAUCUGCUCUACAUCCUCACCAUGCCUAUGUGGAUUUAUUACUACCACCAUGAUCACAAAUGGACUUUUAGCAAGGGCCUGUGCAAACUGGCUGGGUUCUUCUAUUACUCCAACAUGUAUAUAAGCAUCUGUCUUCUGUGCUGCAUCUCCAUUGAUCGUUGUUUUGUGGUCACCUUCCCAAUGAGGGCCAAGAUCUUCCACCGUUUCAGAUAUGCCUGGAUUAUCUGUGGGCUUGUCUACAUUUUAGUCAUGGGCUUGCACAUUCUGGUGCUCCACAUGGAAAGUCUGACAGAACCCCUGGACCAACAGCGCUGUUAUGAGACCUACCCCAUGACAAAGUACGUGGCCCUUUUCAAUUUCCUGCGAGUGGCCAUUGGUUUUCUGCUGCCUCUGCUGGUCCUAGCAGUUUGCUACUAUCAGAUUCUGAACAAAGUGCAGGAGAUCAGAGGGCUGGAUGUGCAGGGCAAGCACAAAAUCAAGCUGCUGUCUGUUGGGGUCAUUGCAAUCUUUGCAAUUUGCUUUGCCCCCUACCACAUUCUCCUGCUAUUGCGGUCAAUUGCAUUUAACAGGAUGGACAGGAAACAUUACUGCUCUUUUGAGCAAGCACUGCACAUCUACUUCUCAUGUACCUUGGCCCUGUCCAGCAUUAACAGUGCUGUAGAUCCACUGCUUUAUGUGCUGGUCAGUCGCAGCGCCAGGGAAAAUAUGAAGUGGUGUUGUGUUGGAAAACAGGCAGAACAAUCUUAAAGUGGAGGUCCAGAAUGGAGGGUCUUGAGAAAUGAAUGAUGGGCUUUAACAGCUGUGGGCUGAUUCCUGUUUUCAACUUUUUAAUCACGAUGUCCAUCUGCUUUGGUCAAAAGUGAGAUUGCUACAGGGAAUAGCAGUGUUUUAAUAUCCUGUUCUAUUCUGAAGAGGGCAGGCUAAAUUAUGAGCUGCUGUGUUAUUAGAAAGGAGGAGCAGUGUGGCUGGGUGACUAUCAAAGACAAAUUUAAACUGCACUUAUGGAUUUUCUGAAUAAUGAGAGCUAGAAUUGCUGGCUUUGGAGGACCCUUGAGUCUCGUAUGGUGUGGGCAUAUCAGAAGUGUCCUUAUUGUAAUAAAAUCUUCCUUAAUUUAUCAUACUUAGUUGUCAUGUCAGUGAAACAAUGUUUUGCCUGCAAAUUAAAUGAAUGUAUGCUGUGUUUGACCUAUAAAUCCAAAUGUUCAAGAUAAGCUGAAUUUAUCUGGAAAUAGUUUUCAUAUGAAUGUUUUUUUUCCUAAUAUAUGGGGUACACUCUUUGAUGGUGACUUGGUUUCUAUACUUCUAUACCACUGUCAGGUUUAGCUGCAUGGUAUGGUAUUGUGGUAAUGAGAACUACACAUAUUGGUUACAUGUCCAGUGUUUAUGAAGAAACAACAACACAUUCAAUUUGAAGGAAAAUGCAUAAUGUGAGUGAUAGAGUGGUGGACUUACAAAGCAGAGGAUUCUGGAGUUCUACUGUAAUCAGCAAAUGUGUAUGGGGAAAACAGUAGCACACAUGGCUCUGAUAGGAGCUCAAGUACUUCUGAAAGUACAUUUGGCAUGGGAGCAUAGCUGCGCUGCUACUUGUGAAGGGGCAGGCUCGGGUUCCAUAAUUACCUCAGCCAAUGAGUGCAUCCCAUGAGGCCAAACUCCACACCCGUCUGUAUGUCCCCCUGCAGUCAUUUACUUCUGUAAAUAGGUGGGAUCUGACUGAAUGAUAAAUAGGAGGAAUCUGGCUGAAUGUUGUUUUGACCAUAUGUCAUUUUCUGCAAAUAAAUGCUGUAAAUGGCAAUAUUUCUAUUAGGUAUUUGAAAGAAAUGUCAGUAAUUAAUGGAAUAAAAGAAACAAACAAAAAAAUGUUUAUUUAACUCAAACACCUAUACAUAAUAAAACCACAGAAACUAUCAA